AUUUAAUACAUAUCCCACUGCCAGGUUCCCAUAAUUUCCUUCUUUUUAUCUCUUUAUCUCUUUGAAGAGUACCCUUAAAAACCCUUGGCUCUUGAAAAGUUUUCUCUCUCUUAACCCAGACUAAAAAAAGCAGCUUGGGUGAGAGGAAUUGCGUGUGCUAGCUUCUUCAGUUUGUUUUAGAAGAAAGAGAGAACAUGGGGAGAGGAAGAGUGGAGUUGAAGAGAAUAGAGAACAAAAUUAACAGGCAGGUCACGUUUGGUAAGAGGAGAAAUGGAUUGCUUAAGAAAGCUUAUGAACUCUCAGUUCUCUGUGAUGCUGAGGUUGCUCUCAUCAUCUUCUCCAAUCGUGGCAAGCUCUAUGAGUUCUGUAGCACUUCCAACAUGAUGAGAACACUUGAAAGGUACCAGAAGUGCAGUUAUGGUGGACUGGAAGCCAGCCAACCAGGCUACGAGACACAGAGCAACUACCAGGAGUAUCUGAAGCUUAAAGCUAGAGUUGAGGUCUUACAGCGAUCUCAGAGGAACCUGCUUGGGGAAGAUUUGGGUCCUCUAAAUACCAAGGAGCUUGAGCAGCUUGAGCUUCAGUUGGAAACAUCCCUCAAGCAAAUCAGGUUAACAAUGACUCAAUUCAUGCUUGAUCAACUUGCUGAUCUUCAAAACAAGGAACGUUUGCUGAUUGAAACCAACAAAGCCUUGAAAAGGAAGUUGGAAGAAGGUAGUGGGCAAGUUCCCCUUCGACUAGCAUGGGAAGGUGGAGGACAUACGAUUCCAUAUAGCCGCCUACCAGCUCAUUCAGAUGGGUUCUUCCAGCCCAAGGGAGGAAAUUCCACUCUGCAAAUUGGAUACAAUCCUGAGGGUGCAGAUGAGGAUAAUGUUUCCCAGACACAUGAUCUCAAUGGAUUCAUUCCUGGGUUUAUGCUUUGACUUGGGUAAUUAAUUCACAUAUAUGUAAGAUCAUAAUAUUUCCAUGACUAUUUGGAAAAACCAUCAUAAGAUCUUUUAUUUCUGGUUGUGAUCUGUGCAUUAUGUAACUUGUAAUCAUCAUUAUUGAAGACAAUAAUUAAGUAAAUGGUAAUUUGUAAUGUGCCAUAACAUUAAAGACAAAUGCCGUAUUUAUAUAUGUGAUGCAUCAUGGCUUGUAUUUUCCUAAAA